GCUACAGGAGCCUUCUACGGCAGCGUUUCCCAACCAAGGUGCCUACAGCUUUUGCAAAACUACAACUCCCAGCAUGCCCGGACAGCCGUCCGGACAUGGUGGGAGUUGUAGUUUAGCAACAGCUGGAGGCUCUCUAAUUGCGUAACAUUGCUCUGCGGAACAGCCCGAGGUAAAAGUAGUGACGUCACGCCGUCAGCCCAAACCUCGCUUCCCCUCUAUCGGCGCUCCAUUGCUUCAGCCUGGACAAGAUGUCUGCGCCCUUGUGAGCUGUGUCCCUGACCGCCGACUCAGGAUGUUUGUGUUGCGGACAGCCCUGUAUGAAGUCCUGGGCCGGGGCAUCAGGUCGGGGCCCAGCCUGGUGUCGGCUGGAAGACAAGCAGCCAAGUGUCAGCCAUGCUUCGGAGAGACAAGGUCGCUGGCGGCAAGGACCAGCCUUCUCCACGUGUCCAGGACUUACGCCACAGUGAAAUCCCAUGGAGAGCCAAGCCAGCUGGAUGACUUGCCCCCUACAAUGUUUAAGAAGGAGUAUCUUGGUAUAAAAAGUACAGAAGGGGUCGAUGAUGUUGUUAAGCGAUUAUUAUCUUUGGAUAUGGCAAGUCAGUCUGAUAAACUGAAGAUUAAAAUUCAGCAGCUUGUGGAUAAAGUAAGGAGGAGUCCUGAUGACACUACGUCUACAGAAGUCCAUAUUGCUGCUUUAACAGCUAGGAUCGAAAAUUUUAGGGAGCAUAUUCGAAAUCAUCCAAAGGAUAAAGCAAACAAGAGGCGAAUGCUAAUGUCAAUAGAUCGGAGGAAGAAGAUGUUAAAGUUCCUGCGUCGCACUCGCUAUGAUACUUUUGAGCAUGUAUGCACUCAACUUGGCAUUGAAUAUACUUUCCCUCCAGAAUACUACAGACGGGUAACAAAAAGAUGGAAAGCAAAGAAAGCAUUCUGUUUGCAGGUAUUUAAAGCAAAGAAACUGAAGGAAAAUGAACUCUCCCAAAAGAAGAAGCUUGUUCGUAAAGCAAAUCCUCCCCUUUAUGUUUUUCCUCAACCAAAAAACUCUGUCUGAAAUCACAUGUCGCUAUUAUUGUGAUAGAUAAAAUAUUCCUACUGUUUAAGACCAAGAGAUUACAGAAUAAAGCUCUGCUUAUCAUGCUAAAUGAAAUCAUUGAGUUUUAUCCUCUGGAUACAUAUUGACAUAAAUGUCUACAAUGAAUAAACAUUUUGCAGCAUACCAGAUAACUGUAUUUGACUUUUGGUUACUGAUAAUAAUUAGAGAUGAGCGAAUCGAAUCUGAUAUCCGAAUUCGUUACAAAUUUAAAGGGUACCUCUCAUCAAAUAAACUUUUGAUAUAUUUUAGAUUAAUGAAUGUUGAAUAACUUUCCAAUAGCAUGUUAAUGAAAAAUUCGCUUCUUUCUAUUGUAUUUUUCCCGAUCAGUCCUGUCAGCAAGCAUUUCUGACUCAUGCUGAACAGGCUGUGAACAAAGCAGACUGGCAGCUCGUAGUGUUUAGGACUCCAGCAUGAGUCUGAAAUGCUUGCUGCCAGGACUGGUAGGGAGACCCCUAGUGGUCAUUUCUUCAAAGUGGAAAAUUAAAUAGAAAGAAGCAUAUUUUUUAAUAAUAUGCAAUUGUAAAGUUAUUAUGCAUACAUUAAUCUAUAAUAUAUAUUUUUUGAUGAGAGGUACCCUUUAACCCCUUAAGAACCAGGCCAUUUUACACCUUAAGGACCAGAGCGUUUUUUGCAAUUCUGACCACUGUCACUUUAAACAUUAAAAACUCUGGAAUGCUUUUAGUUAUCAUUCUGCUUCCGAGAUUGUUUUUUCGUGACAUAUUCUACUUUAACUUAGUGGUAAAAUUUUAUGGUAACUUGCAUCCUUUCUUGGUGAAAAAUCCCAAAAUUUGAUGAAAAA